AAACAAUAAAUAGACAAAAUGGCAGUGUAAUUAGUCAGAAGGAUAAAUGUUUUAUGAACUUUUAUAAUAAAACUGACCCGAGUUCACCGAAACAUAUUAGACACUGGUCAUGUGAUCAACUCCCCCUAGUGGUGAAUCGUCGGAUUUUCGAAACGUUUCGAAACAGUUAUGACGUAAUGAAGCCUCGUUUGCUAAAAUCACGUGACUUGGGCCAGUUUGAAACACGCUCCGAACCACUGAUUCGAAACAAAAGAUUCGUAAAUGUUUCGAAGCCUCAUGAAGCAGUGCUUCGAAAACGACCAUCACUAGCAGCAUGAUGUCAUUGUAAAAACGAAGGAAACUCUGCGAUCAUUGUGCAACAGUGGAGCCGAAAAUUUGACGAGAUUGCUGGCGUUGCAAGAUUGCCAGUGUCGUUUAGACUCCCAGAAGAAAAGACUGAAUGCAUUGGAUAUAAUAAAAUCAGCGGGGUAAAUCCCCUGUGUUUGCGUUGGUGAGCAUGGAGGAUUAUGACUUUUUAUUCAAAAUUGUGCUGAUAGGAAAUGCAGGAGUGGGGAAAACCUGCCUUGUCCGACGCUUCACUCAGGGCCUGUUCCCUCCUGGACAAGGUGCGACCAUAGGAGUUGACUUCAUGAUCAAAACUGUUGAAAUAAAAGGAGUUAAAGUAAAGCUCCAGAUCUGGGACACAGCCGGGCAGGAGAGGUUUCGCUCCAUAACCCAGAGCUACUAUCGCAGUGCCAACGCCCUCAUCCUCACCUAUGACAUCACCUGCGAGGAUUCCUUCCGGUGCCUUCCUGAGUGGCUGAGGGAGAUUGAGCAGUAUGCUAACAACCAAGUGGUGACAAUCUUAGUAGGGAAUAAGAUAGACCUGGCCGACAAGCGGGAAGUCCAUCGGCAGCGAGCGGAGGAGUUUGCGGAGUCUCAGAGCAUGUUGUAUCUGGAGACCUCGGCCAAAGAGUCGGACAACGUGGAGAAGCUCUUCCUGGACCUGGCUUGCGAACUGAUCCGCGAGGCCAAGCAAAACACGUUGGACAACAACGACUCCACCCCCAUGCCCGGAGAAGGGAAAAACAUCAAUUAUUUGAGUUGCUGCAGCAGCAUGAACUAGUAGAUUUGGCCACCCUUUUUGGCUCAAGGGGCGACACGGAUUGCAUACAAAGUGGUUGUAUUGUCAGUGCAAUGCAAACACUACAGUGGUUAGUCUUUUAAAGUCUACUACUUUACCCGUCCUCAAACCCUUGGGUAUUUUAAACCGUACUCUGUACAUUCGAGACAUAUAUGAUCAGAUUAUGCUGCUUUCAAAUGAGGGCACUGAAGCUCUUGAUGGUUUUAUGAUUUUAAACGGGAGAGAAAUAUCUUGUUACACAAAAAAUGCCAGCUGACAGGUCAGGCAAUGAAAUUUUUUACACUUCUGUACAAUGCAACAGUUGGGAUUUUCCUUCUGACUUGUGAGCCGAUGUAUCUUAUUAUCCUUAGGAUCCUUUAUAAUAGUUCAUAACAAGUGCAGGUCCUCACCUUCAAUCUUACCCGUUUUAAGGGAGGGUUCACCCAAAAAUGAAAAUUCUGUCAUUAUUGCUCACCCACUUUUUAAUUUGACUCCUUUUAUUGAUCAAAACACCAACAGUUCUUAUUCACACUUCUGCUUAUUCAAAUUAUUUGUUUACAAAACACAAACUAAUGGCGUUUUGCAAAACACAAACUAAUGGCGUUCACAAAUGAGGGCUAUGAUCGAAAGAAGAUUUUCAAUGAAUACAAAUUAGCAUUUCUUUCUGAAUAAAAUCAGCUAUGCUGGUUUGGAAUGACAUAAGGGUAAGCAGUGCAGAAGUAAAAUAUUUCGGGUGAAUUAUUCCUUUUAAAUGCAUUGCCACAACGUUGGUGUGACUUCUUUGCUCGUGAUAUCAUGAGGUGGUACAUGCAUGCCCAUUUAUUUUACAUCCGUCAAUAAUCUGUGACAGGAUGAUAAUGAAAGCGACAACUUCUUUUAAAUCAUUAGGCAGUCAUUUUAAUAAGUAUAUACAUUCUCAUUAAAGCUUGCAUGGACGUUUGGUUGCUAAUACACAACAAAUACUGUGUCAUUUUGAUAAACCAUAGCAAAAGCCCAAUGUGCCUCUGUCAUGUAGCCAUCCUGUUGUCAUAUUGUAAAUGGCAGUCUCAUGAAAACUCGUCUAGGUUAUAUUAAAACACAAAGCCUGUUUAUAUGAUCCUUAAAGGGACAGUUCAUUUUAAUGAAAAUUCGGCCAUUAUUCACUCACCCUUGUGAUAUUUCAGACUUGUGUGACUUUAUAUUUUGCAUUUCUUUUAACAUUCCGCAUUGCACUUACAUGUGUUUAGACAACCAACAAAUGACAUUUGGUAUGGGUUUGGUGUAUUCGUUUAUAGCAAAACUUGUGCUAUAUUUGAUUUAAUGUGAACCUCGAGAUAUUAGAUUUUGUUUGGAGCCAAUUUAAAUGCAUUGUGACAUUAUUUUCAUGAUUUUUCAUUAUGCAUUUGAAUGUUUCACUUCUUGAUUAUUCCCUUUGGAUUCUAGAAUCAUCCUGGACAUCAUUAAAAUUAAAUCAUACUGAUACAAACACUACAAUUUAUAUGUAUGGGAGGGAGUUUAAAAAAAGUCACAGUGCAGUAGGAUAUGCUAAAUAUUUUUUUUUCAGGUGAUUUUGAUUUGCGGUGUAACCCGGACAGGUGUUCACCCAGCAAGAGUUUUUUGGCAUUUCAUCUUUUUAUGUAUUUGCACAUCCUAAAAGUGAACACCAUGGUUUUAACUCCUUGUCCAAUGGCAUACACUCUAAAAAACAAACGGUGCUAUAUAGCAC